AUGGUGUCGAGCGAUGACAUCUCCCUGGUCAGGGACUCGAACUCUGACCAACACGAGGCCGUGCCGGGCAUGAGCUCCUCGGAGGCUCUGGAGAGCGGUAACAAACACCGGCGACCUCACCGCAAAUCCCGGCUCGGCUGCCAGCCGUGCAAGAAGAGGAAGAUCAAGUGCGACGAGGCCCGACCCUCCUGUCUCAACUGCGUCCGCAGGGAGGUCGACUGCAGCUUCCCCCUCGAGUCCGUCGUCCACCAGGACCCGGCCACCGGGGUCUGCGGCUGCCGGUACUCAGGGUGUCGGCCCGGGGCCAGCCAGCACAGCUCCGCCAGCAGCUCCACCGAGCCCCUGGCGCGAGCCCAGUCCGGACCAGAUCGUGUGCCAGGCGAUCUACGGAGCCUCCUGGAAGAGCAGUCCACGAAGAUGGAUAUCAUGUCGCGGCGGCUUAGUUCCAUGGAGAGCGCGAUGGCGCAGCUUACCCAAACGGGACUCUACCAGCCGGCACUGAGCUAUUCCGACGCAGCAUUGCUUAGUCACUUCUUCACCAACACGGUCCCUACCAUGAUCGUGGAUGACGGAGGAGGAGGAGGAAGAGACUUCUGGCAUGUGCGGUUGCCAGAUCUCAGCUCUCGACACCCCCACGUCCUCCAUCUUCUGCUGGCGCUCGCCGCCCUGCACAAGAGCCGGUCGUGCCCGCAGCAUCAGUUCGCUCACCUCCUGGAGCAGGCCGAGCGGCACCAGCUCCUCGGCAUCCAGGGCACCACGCCCCUUCUCGGGAACAUCGACGACGACCACUACGAGGUGGCGUACACGUCGGCCGUCCUCAUCGGGCUCGUCAACCUGGCGAUGGGCCCCCGCCAGGGGGAGUACGUCGCCUUCAGCGAUCACGGCGCGGCCAAUUUCCUGGGCCUGCUGCGCGGCGUCCGGUCCAUCAAAUCCCACCACGAUCAACGCGCUCCGCCGCCGGAGAUUCCGCCGCCGUGUACGUGGACCGCGAGCAGGAUCAGGGUGGCGGAGCUGGGGUUUCAGGCCGGCGGCCAUUACGGAGAGCACCUGCAGCGCCUGCGCCACCUCGUCGAGGAAAUCGCCGACGACGGGCUGAGGGGUUCGUACGUCGCUGCCAUGGACGACCUCGAGCAGUUCUUCGUCUGUAUGGACGGGCCCGACGUGGCCACGUACUACAUGAGCCCGUUCGGGUGGCUGUACCGCAUCUCGGACAGUUUCCUCGGCAGGAUACAGGACAAGGAGCCCCUCGCGCUCGCCAUGCUGAGUUGUUUCACCGUCGUGCUCAAGGGGCUGGAGAGCGGCUGGGCGGCGGACGGGUGGGCGGAUCACAUCAUGUCUGGCAUCUGGAUUUACCUGGCCCCAGAGUAUAGAGAUAUGGUGCGAUGGCCGAUGCAGAGGUUGGGCUGGGAGCCGGGCGAGGAGGAUGUUCCACUGCGCGUAGCUCUGGCUUCGACCCCUUUGACCACGCACACGUAG